CUCUUGUCUGUUUAUCUCCCCUGACUAUUUCUCUCCGUUCUUUUUUCCCUUCUGCUUUUUAGCCUCUCUUUCUUGCUCCGUUUCUCACUUUCCCUAUCGCCAUCUCAGUCUCUUUCAAAUCGGUUAAUUUACUAUUUUUUCUACCUGUCAGCAUGUUUUUCUCUCACUUUUCCCACUUCCUUUGUCUUCCUGCUCCCUGUCUUGAUUCUCUUUCAUUCACACAAUACUUCUCUCUGACUCUCUGCCUUGAAUGCCACGGAAUUUGCCAGAUGGCUGUCGAGUCCGGUUCUGUUUUUGCUGGAAGGUCUUGAAUGGAGCACUUGCGGGUUUGCCAACGGAAUUAUAUCUGAACAGCAGAGAAAUAGCAGCGCCAUUGGGAGCAGGGAGGAGACGAUAGCAAAGCGCCGAAUGAAAAUUCUCACAAAUCCUGUCGCUUGCAAAGUGCCGCUCGAUGAACGCAGUCACUCCUUGGUAUAAUGGGGUAGGAGUGUCGAGGUUUAAAGGAAACUCAACAAUGGUUCACAGAGAAGAUACUGAGCGUGCAGUGCAAUUACUUGCAAAGUAUGGCAUGAAUCUGCCAGAACUAGAGGAGGAGCAACUCCGAAUGGCAAUUGAGAAAGUCACAAACAUUUUAAGAAGUGACUUGUUCCGAGCACUGUUAGAUAUUCGGGAAUUUUAUGAAGUGACCUUAACUGCUGCGCUCAAACCUACUGAUCAUAAUCUUCUAGCAAGCAAUCUAUUUUCAACUGAGAUGGGGAGGAAAUCAACAUUUACAAGGAUUGAAUUUCUCAGUUUAGAGAGAUGUAACUACUAUGAUGAUGACAUCCUCAACCAUCAUCCUCUUAACCAGACUCCCAGCGAGGAUACGCCCAAGCUCGUACAGAUAAAGGAGACAAAUACAGUUGAAGUUGAGAACAUUUGUAGCUAUGUAUCCCCCAUCCAUACAUCCUGUCUAGAGGCAAACCCUCCACCCAUUAUUGUAAACACCGAUUCUCUGGAUUCUGGGCCUUAUGCUAAUGGGAGUGAUGGAAUGUACAAAUAUGAAGAGAUAAUCCUGGAACGUGGUAAUUCAGGCCUUGGAUUUAGUAUUGCUGGAGGAAUCGAUAAUCCUCAUGUUCCAGAUGAUCCUGGGAUUUUUAUUACCAAAAUUAUUCCUGGUGGAGCCGCUGCAAUGGAUGGACGACUUGGGGUCAAUGACUGUGUGCUACGAGUCAAUGAUGUGGAUGUUUCAGAAGUCGUUCACAGUAAAGCAGUGGAGGCACUGAAGGAGGCAGGACCCGUUGUUCGACUGUUAGUUCGUAGAAGACAGCCAGCCACAGAGGCUAUAUUAGAAGUGAAUCUUUUGAAAGGACCUAAAGGUCUCGGGUUCAGUAUUGCUGGGGGAAUUGGGAAUCAGCACAUUCCAGGAGAUAACAGUAUCUAUAUUACUAAAAUCAUUGAAGGGGGUGCAGCCCAGAAAGAUGGUAGACUGCAGACAGGAGAUCGGCUGCUUGCUGUGAAUAACAUCAGUCUGCAGGAGGUGCGGCAUGAAGAGGCUGUGGCUGCUCUCAAGAAUACUUCAGAUAUGGUUUAUUUGAAAGUUGCUAAACCUGGUGGCAGUCACCUCAAUGACAUAUAUGCCCCUCCUGACUAUGCAAGCACAUUUUCUGCCCUGACUGAUAAUCAUGUGAAUUCUGGUAUGAGUUAUAUGGGUGGUGUUGAGAAUAAACCAACGUAUCCGUUGCCAGCAAUCACUUCAGGGCGAUAUUCUCCAGUCCCUCGGCAUGUGAUGGGAGAUGAAGACUUCACAAGAGAACCAAGAAAGAUUGUCCUUCACAAAGGGUCCACAGGAUUAGGCUUUAACAUUGUCGGUGGAGAAGAUGGUGAAGGGAUUUUUGUAUCAUUCAUCUUGGCAGGUGGGCCAGCAGACCUCAGUGGAGAGCUACGAAGAGGAGAUCGGAUUUUAUCAGUGAAUGGUGUAAACCUUCGGAGUGCUACCCAUGAGCAGGCAGCAGCAGCACUCAAAAGAGCUGGUCAGACCGUGACCAUUGUUGCCCAGUACAGACCAGAAGAGUACAGCCGUUUUGAGUCUAAAAUCCAUGACCUUCGGGAGCAGAUGAUGAACAGCAGUAUGAGUUCUGGUUCUGGCUCCCUGCGGACCAGUGAGAAACGCUCGCUUUAUGUCCGUGCUCUCUUUGACUAUGAUAGAACCAAGGACAGUUGUCUGCCAAGUCAAGGGCUGAGUUUCUUGUAUGGUGAUAUUUUACAUGUCAUUAAUGCCUCUGAUGAUGAAUGGUGGCAAGCACGACUUGUUACACCUCAUGGCGAAAGUGAGCAAAUUGGUGUCAUACCAAGUAAGAAACGCGUUGAGAAGAAAGAACGAGCAAGAUUAAAAACCGUAAAAUUCCAUGCCAGGCCUGGAGUUAUUGAAAUGAAAGGGUCAUCCAGAGCCAAGCGUAAAAAGAGCAUCUUGUCUCGAAAGUUUACCUUCUACAGGAGCAAGGAGAAUAUUGUGCAGGAGCACACAGGUGAUCAUGGCCAGUGUAUGACGUCCAACACCAGUGACAGUGAAAGCAGCUCCAAGGGUCAGGAUGAUACUGUUCUAUCUUAUGAAGCAGUUACUCGCCUGGAGAUUCACUAUGCUCGGCCAAUAAUAAUUCUGGGGCCAAUGAAGGACAGAAUUAAUGACGAUUUGAUUUCAGAGUUUCCAAACAAAUUCGGUUCCUGUGUACCACACACCACCAGGUCAAGACGUGAAAAUGAAAUUGAUGGGCAGGAUUAUCACUUUGUGACUUCCCGGGAGCAAAUGGAGAAAGAUAUUCAGGACAAUAAGUUCAUUGAAGCUGGCCAAUAUAAUGACAACCUAUAUGGGACCAGUAUUCAAUCUGUUAGAGCUGUUGCUGAGAGGGGAAAACAUUGCAUACUUGAUGUGUCUGGGAAUGCUAUCAAGAGGUUACAGCUUGCACUACUCUAUUCUAUUGCCAUUUUCAUCAAACCCAAAUCUGUGCAAUCCCUAAUGGAGAUGAAUAAACGACAAACUGAAGAACAAGCAACCAAAGCCUUUGAUAAAGCAUUGAAGUUAGAGCAAGAAUUUGGAGAGUUUUUCACAGCCAUUGUACAGGGAGAUUCAUUAGAAGAGAUCUACAACAAAAUUAAACAGGUCAUUGAAGAACAAUCUGGUCCGUACAUCUGGAUUCCUUCAUCUGAAAAACUCUAAACAUGGCCCAAUGUUUAGAGGGAAGAUGUUGUUGGGGGGGUGAAAAAUCCUCCUUUUAAGAUAUGUUGCAUAUCGAGUUUUAUCUUUCUCAUUAUGUUAUGAAUCCUCACCGUCGCUGUGGCUGUUUCCAUUCUGCAUGGUUUUUAUGGAAUUCCAUCAAAGACAUGGAAAUGCACACCUGAAUAUUUUACAGAACAUCUUCGGGAAACAUGACCAGGAUUGGUAAUGAGUUUGUACGUUUGUAUUACCUGAAGAUCAGCUUGGAGAGUUUCAUAUCGACUAAGCAGUGGUUUUAAAGAACCAGUGUUCACAGGGGAUUCUGUUGGUGCCAAUCCUUUUGAAAAAAAUCUAUCUGAAAUUUCCUAAUACAGAUAGGUUUGAAAAAAGAGAAAACCACUAUUCUUCUGUGAUCACACAUGGCAGUGCUUUUAAAGACUGUACACAAUUCCUCAUUGCAGGAGGAGAAUGAAGAGAAUGAAAAUCAUAAAAGAAUUUUAAAUCAUAAUUAUGGUACUGUAGAUGAAAAUAUACAAAUAAUUUUCAACAUAUUAAAUUGCACAUUGUUUUACACAUGAAAA